UAACAGUUUUCUGAAAUUUAAAUGAGCAUACAGGGAAUGAAUUUAUUGCUUGACGAAUUGGUAUAAAUACUGAACAAGUCUAAGCCUUGCCAAGCUGCAAAAGUAUCGCUAUUAUUAAGGAGUUGAUUGAACGAAAAGUAGCACAUUAUCAUUCUUUAAAAGCAUGACGGAUUUAAGUGCAUGGGUAAAAAUGGAGUUCGGAUGUCCUGUGAAUGGUUGCCCUCAUAAAGAAGUGAUACAGUGGCAGUGUCCUCAACACAAUUCACCCUUUUACAUGAACGCGAUGUGUCAGCAGAAGUGCGAGGCUGGUGGUCACACAGGCAGCAUUGUGGACGCUACUUGGGCUUGUAAACAUAGCUUUCACAACGGCCAAAAUCAGAAAGCCGAUCCUGAGGGUUUUGCGCUUGCCCUUUCAAGGAGUACGGAACUCUCUUCUAAAGUUGGUGCUCAUUGGGUUAACACCCUGGUUUGUGAGUUUGGCCAGCAGUACGCCAAAAUCAAAGCCUCGUGUGUAAUCAUGUAAUAUAACAUAAAUCUAUUAUAUAUUAAGUCAAAUAAACGUUAUAUAUUA